AUGAUACUCUCUCACUGCAUGUUUACCACGGGACUUACUGUGGCCUUCCCGCCACAGUACACUACAUUAGGAAAUCCGAUUCUACAGAAGUGGCUAAGUUUACAAGAGAUUUGCAAUCCAGGCUAUGUGCUAUCCAUCAAGGCAUUAUACCCCACUUCAUAUGACCUUACGAUUGUCUUUACUGAACCAGUAAAGUCAUCGCUUUCAUCUUGGGUUACCAUGAUGAAGUGGAAACAAACGCCAUUUACCGAUCCGGUAACUGGUUAUAUCACUCCUUUCCUCUGUUCUGUUUACAGGUAA